GCCUCCGAUUGUGCGGCGAGCCGCGACUUUGGAGCGUGUCGUCUACCUCUCGGGGUGAGAUUCUCCGCGAACGUUUGCCGCGCGCGCGCCGAUAUCCGUCCGACGGUUGAUUACGUUGUACGUCGCGAGCGUACCGCACUUGUCGCGUGCGCGGACGAGAAUCAAUUCGCGCGCGAUGAUCCUACCGGCGUACGAAUUCCGAGACGAAACGUCGCUGCACAUCCUCGCGUCUUAAUCGGAGCGGUUAUCGAAAAUCUUCGAUGCUGACACGGCAAGUGGAAGGGACCGAAUACACGAAACAUCGAUUGGGACGAAUGUCAACUUGACGCGAGUGCUCCCGGCCUCGAGUCGUGUAAUAUUCAACGGGGGAAAAAAAAUAAAAAUACGUGCGAGUCAUCGAUCAGUGAUGCGUUUCAGAAGCUUUUUUCAAGACCAUAAGAUUUAAUGUGCUGUAAAUCGCCCGAAUGGACAGAUUGAAGGCAUCUUAAAUCUCGCCGGCGAGAUACCGCAAGAGAGAAAAAAAAGUGCGUUCCGCGAGUGAAGGAAAAAGUGACGUGACGCCCUUCGGUGGAGAAAGAAGCGCCCGUCGCUCCAGCCGCGUAGCUACGCUCCUGACGCCGGGCGGCGGAGUGAUCCACGGGGCGCCGUGGGGGCCCUCAGCUGUUUCCCGCCAAAGAUCGCCAUUACAAACGCGUUCGGGCGUUGUGUGUGCGCGCCGCGCGGAGCGUGUGGCUGUCUCGUGGACGAAUCUUCUGUGCGUGUCGCCGGCGUCUGCUUGGAGGUGAAGGAAAACGGGGUCGUCGCGAGACACGGCGUGAGCCGGAAGUGGCGAGUAAUCGGCGUUAUAUACGUGCAUCGUGCAUCUCGCGAGGCGGAGACGCGUUUUGAUAAAUCGCGCGUUGUUUGUCCCCCUCCUCCGCCCCCGGAGAGGAGUGCGCGACGAGAGUGAAGGAGGCGAGCGAAUCGACAGCGGGGCGAGAAAGAAAGCGAGGAAAGAAGUGCGCGAGGAACCGAGUGUCGAGCGAUAAUCAGAAUUCGAGAAGGAAAGAGAGAGAGAGAAAGAGAGAGAUCCAGCGGGAUAUCCGUUGUUUUUUCGCCAGCCGCGACGACGGCCGUCGGAAACGUGAAAUUCGUUCGGCGGGGACUCUCGGUGCCGCGGACUGACAAGAUAUGUCAGUGUUUGGUAGUGAAAUCGAUCGGAUUUUGCUCGAGGAAAUCGUCGAGUCGACUGACCAGCCGGAAACUGACCUGUGCGGGAGCGUCGAGACGGUGGACGACGGCUCGGUGACCACGAGUGUGACGGUCGCCGAAGUCGCUGAUACUCAAGAACGGCAACCGCAGCAGCGGCAACAACCGCCGCAAUCAAAAGGUAACGUCGGGGCUGGUCGGCGGGUUGCUAGUCAGAACGUUGCGUUGAGCAACGGAAACGGUAUCAACGUUGGCCGUGUUGCGUCGCGCAGCCACAUGGAGCAGGAGAAGCGAAUGCGGCGAGAAAUCGCCAACAGCAACGAGCGACGUCGUAUGCAGAGUAUCAAUGCCGGAUUCCAAUCGCUGAGGACGUUGCUGCCGCAUCACGAGGGCGAAAAGCUGUCUAAGGCUGCGAUACUCCAACAGACUGCCGAAUACAUAUACCAAUUAGAGCAAGAGAAAACACAACUGCUGUCACAAAAUUGCCAACUAAAACGAUUGGUAAAUCAACACGAAGGUGGCGAUGUACCUAUCAAGAAACGCAAACCCGAUACCCAAGGUGUUGUCGUUAGUCUACCAAUGCAUGUCAGCGAGAGCGGCGAUGAGGGCUUGGGUAGCAUGUCCCCCGAGCCAUUGUCGGUAAUCACAGUGACCACAGAGGGACAUUCCGUUGUGAACAGCGAUGUGGUGGAGCUUAAGCGACAGCUAGAUAGGGAGCGUCAGGCGAGACUGCAUUUAGAGAAACAAAUGAGAGCAAUUCAGAGCCAGGUGUAUCCAGAGAGAUUCCGAGACAAUCAGCUAAUCGCUUAUCAGCCCCACGAGGUAAUCGAGCAUACGGAUAAUGUGAUGGCGCAAGGAACGGAGGAGGCGGUAGCCACGCUUCAGGUGGUAUCGGUCAUGUCUUUGCCGCCGGUAGGCUCCACUCAAACUGUAGAGACGUCCAGUCCGGAUCCAAGCUCGCCGCCUUUGUCGCCGCAGCCGACUGAAAUGGUGUCGGAAGAGAUCAAAGAGGAAGAGUCACGUGCGAGUACCCCCAAGGUUGUCGCCUUCGCCCAGAAUCAGGUGUUCACGACGAUGGAGGAACCAACUACCGCAGAUUCGUUCUCGUCGUCGAGUCGCGUCACGUACGCUACUUCAUCCUCCGCAGAUUUCAAGACUAGCUCGCCUCAGUACAUCACCGCGAGUCCCAGCAGGCCCUUCUCACCAGUCCCUGAACCACGGCUACCCAGUGUUUUAGAAGCUGCGAUGAAGGCUGAACCCAAAGUCGAGGUGGAGAGGUUGCCUUCGCCAUCAAGCUCCCUAGACGACGGUACGUCGCAGGCAAGGUUAUACAUCGCGAACACAUCUCGACAAAAUCUGGAAACAAUCGUCGAAGCGAUACGUCAUCUGGAGGGUGACCAUCUAUUCAGCGAUGAACCCGCGCAGGAUAUGCCACUGGCAUUGACCAACAAGCAACAGCAGCAACAACAACAACAACAACAACAACAACAGCAGCAGCAACCGGCGACGGUGAACUCAACGAAAUGUACGACCACCACGUCCGCCUCUUCUUCCUCUUCACCCUCGACGACGUCUGCUACGGCAGCAUCCGCGAAACAACGGAUACUGCACGCCGAGCGUUUCCUCCAAUUUCAUACGCAACAGCAGACCCAGCAGCGACCCGGCGUGAUCGUGGUGAAGCAUUCGUGAUCCAAUAACACCCCGCACUCCG